AUGGGCACGGAAUGUACCCUACGAUAUUAUAGAAUUUUGUCAUCCCAGGCUCCAAGAACGGCCUUGCAGCCCCAAAAUUACAAAUAUAGUAGAGUGGCUAAAAUCAAAGUAAGCACUCGACAAGCGCGGUUGGUGAGUAAGCGCGUCGUCAAGAAAAUAAAUAAAAUAAUUUGAAAAGUUGACAACGUACUAACGUAUUUAUUUCGUAUCUUGUAUUUGAGAAAAGCAAACGUUUGUUUUUUGCCGACCAACUCUCGCGAACAUGACUGAACGUGCCGCCGCGGACGAGGAAACAACGGAAAAAAUAGUGUCGCAUGAAUUCAGAAAAGUUCAUUGAUAUACCCCACAAAAAUAUCCAAACAAAAUAUCACCUACAAAUAUCAAGCAAAUGUAUAUAUCAACAUUCGAUGUAUACCUACCGCGCACAACGCAACAGAAAAUAACGCUCUUUUUAGCAAUUGAUUUUUUGUUGGAAAGAAAUAAAUAAAAUAAUUAAUAAGUGCGUCAAGUUGAGUACGUUCUCCGGAAUUUGGUUCGAUUGGUUCCUCCACGUUUUUUGGCGUCGUCGGCUGUACGUGUCUAUCUCUCUCUCUCUCUCUCCCUCUCUAUCUGCCCUGCUCCGCAUGCAAGCGCAACGAAACGAACAAGAAACAGAAAACGUAAACGCGUUCGUACACAUCUGCAUGUGCGCGACUGUGUUGGUGUAUAUGCGCGCGCGCGUUCAUGUGUGUGUGUGUGUGUUAGUGCCGCAGCGCAAUAGAAAAAAUCAAAUGAAAAAAUGAGACAAGAGAAGAGAGCAGCCCGCAACCGAAGUCCCCCCAAAAGAAUUGUUUUUCCAUUAUUUUUUCUGUGUGGUGCUAAAUAAAAUACACAACAAUAUAAACAAACAAAAAAAGCGUAAAAAGUUACUGAAAAACAACUGUAAAGUAAUGGCCGUGUGUGUGAUGGCCUGGCCCAUGUACGUGUGCGUGUGCGAAAAUCAAUAACAAAAGGCAAAGCACGAAAACAUACAAGAAACCAGUGAGUGAGCGGUGUGUGUGUGUGUGUGUGUUUGUGCGUAGGGGAUAAAGGGGGAUAAAAUGAACAAGCAGCCGCCCGUGUGUCCAAGAGCAAUGCGUCGCCGGUUCCAGUUUAAAUCCGAAUCCGAAUCUUUGCAACGUCAAUUUUUAAACAUUCGCAUUCGCAUCGAAACCAAUUGAGAAAACGCUAAACAAAAGAAAACGAAGCCAAAAGAAGGAGGAUAGAACAGAACAGAACAACCCCAGAAGAAGAACAGUUAGUGAGAGGAGCAACAGCAGCAGCGACGCCAACGCCAACGCCGACGCCAAAAGUAGGGCGACUUGCGCGCGUAAAUUUGGGUCGUCGACUGCAACUGCAGCAGCAGAAGCAGAAGCAGCAGAGGCAGCAGCAGCACAGCCCAGUGUGCAUUCCAUUGGCGGAUUUCCAGUGUUCCAUUGCAUCGCCCCCGCAACGCAACGCAACCCCCUCCCUCCUCUCUUCAAUCAAAAUCAUUGCAAAAUGUCGCUGCAAACGAAACGACAGCACUGUUACCUAUGUGACCUGCCCCGCAUGCCCUGGGCUAUGAUCAAUGACUUCACGGAGGCGGUGUGCCGCGGCUGCGUCAACUAUGAGGGCGCCGACCGCAUUGAGGUGGUGCUGGACGCCGCCCGCCAGAUGAAGCGCCUCCAUCCGAGCAGCAAGCGGGCGCACGAGAACGGCGAAGUGGUCGUCCUCCAGCAGCAACAACAGCAGGCAGUAGCUGGUCUCCAGCAGGUGCCAGGAUCGCAUCGUGGAGCGCCAAGCAGCAGUGCCGGCGGACCUGGUCCCUCCGGCGCCCCCGGUGGACCCCUCUCGCUGGGCAGCUCCGCGGCACUGGGUGUAGUCGCCGCCGCUGCGGCAGCGGCCCAUCAUCAUCAUGCCGCCGUCGCGGCCGCCUACCAGAUGCCCGUGCCACGGAUCGGACCUCCGUCGCAGCAGACCACCAGCCUCAUGGACUAUCCGGUCAAGUUGGAGGCGUCGCCGCAUGACGGGGCCGGCGGCGUUCGACCCGUUCGCAUCUCCCACAUGACGCCCCACCAUAUGCCGCCCAACUCGGCCCAGAGGGCCGCCUCCGUGGCCCAGCAGCAACAGCAGCAGCAGCAACAACAGCAACAACAACAGCAGCAACAGUCCGGUGGGGGCGGGGGCAUGGCCGGCGGUGGAGCCGGCAGUGGACCCACGCUACCGCCCGCCCUUUCCGUCAAUCUGAAGCGCCCCUCCUCCGAGGAUGUGGACGAUCAGCAACAGCCGCAUGGCCCCCACGCCGUGGUCCCAUCGGAUGCGGCUGGUCCACCCGGCGUCAAGAGAAGCGCCCUCGACGAUCCCAACGGCGUGCGGCCGCCCCUCACACGCGGCGAAUCACUGCCCGCCGCCGUCAGCUACGUACCGGAGCGGCAGCUCAAUUUGCGGGACAAGCAGCAGCCGGUGCGGGCGCCCAGCUUCGAUGCUUCGACCUUCAAAGCAGGCGAGCACCUGUCCCCGGCCAGUCGACGCAAUGGAUCUAGCCCGCCCUCGGGACCGCUGCCCCCACGUAGCGUACACUCGCCGAAUAGUUCGGGCUCCUCGUCGGGUCGGCGAUCGUCGGGCUCCCGGCAUGUGUCCAGCACAACCGUCACAAGCACAGAGGUGGGUGGUGCGAAUGCCGGGCAGGCGGCCGUAUCCGGCGGACUGGGCAGUGGCAGCGGAGGAGUAGCCGGCUCUUUGGGGGUGCCGGGCGGCGCCAGCAACUCCCAGCUGUCCGGUGGCAGUGCCACACCUGGCAACGGGGGCGGACCCUCAUCAAUGCCACCCGGUGCGGGGGCCGGCGACGGCAGCACGGCCGGGGGCAGUAAUGGAGGAACCGGCAUCGGCGGCGGCGGCGGUCCGUCCGGCAGCAAUGGCAGCGGAGCCGUGAACCCUGGCCCCGGGAGCAGUGGCAGUCAAGGCACGCCAGGCAUGGGCAGCGGCGGAGGUGCUGGUGCCGGUAUCAGUGGGGCGCCGGGCGGCAGUGCAGCAUCAAAUUCGGCAGCGGCGGCAGCGGCUGCGGCCGCUCAGAAUGCCACGCUCAAGUGCACCCUGUGCCAGGAGCGGCUCGAGGACACGCACUUUGUCCAGUGUCCGUCAGUGAAUCACCACAAGUUCUGUUUCCCCUGCAGCCGCGAGAGCAUUAAGCGGCAGAAUGGACUGGGCAACGAGGUGUACUGUCCGAGUGGCGACCGCUGUCCGCUGGCCAACUCCACCAUACCGUGGGCGUUCAUGCAAGGCGAGAUCACCACCAUACUGGGCGAGGAGGUGAAGGUGAAGAAGGAGCGCGAGUCUUAAUGUCCGUUUUACUGUAAAAAGCUGCGCAGAGCUUUGGAGCACUUUUGAGAGAGUUGUGUUUGUGUGUGUGUGAUCUCUCUAUAUCUUUCUCUGUAUACCUCUCUCUCGCACACUCACAUGCCAAAACUCUCUCUCUUAUUGCACACGCCGCUCUCCCGCUAGAGUCAGUUUGUGUGGGUAUGUGAGGGGAGGGCUGGAGAGGAGGCGACAUUUUUUUUGUGGCAACCGCAGCCAGUGACUGCGGCGGCGGUAAUGUUAACGGCAGGAGACGCAGCCAGCAUUAAAAGCUAUCUCUCUCUGUCGAAGGCGACCGACCGACCGAUAGAUCGAUCGUCCGACCGAUCAAUCAACAACAAUAAUUUUGUAGGCGUAAGCAGCAAAGAACUGCUGGGGCAUGCCCCACCAUAUGGUGGGGGAUCCCAAAAAAACAAAAACAAAAUAAAACAAAAAAUUGAAUCAAAGCAAAAGCGCAAGCAGAAGCGGAAACGGAAGCGUUAGAACGUGAAAAGAUAACACCAACACCAACAACAAAAACAACAACAAAAACACCAACAACCAACGAUAAGAUGAAACAUUCUUGUAGCAUACUUAUGGGCGGAAGGAAGGAAAUGGAGCAGAGAAGCAGAAGAGCAGAAGAGGAGGAAGGCCCCGAGAAGCGAGAGAAAAAUUGAAACAUUUCUUAUUAAAAACAAGAAAGAAAACCUACAACUUAUACACCUAGAAAACAGAUCAUAGAAACAGUAAAACAGAAAAAUACACUUGCUAGAUAUUAGACGAUAACUUUCCUUUUUUUUGAAUACACGUAGAUCUACAUAUAAAUACUAUACGAUAAUGAUACAUUUUGUUAUGUAGGCAGGCUCGAUCGAGAGCGAUUUCAAUCAUAAGUUUACCUUUAGUUUGUACUAACUACUUAAUUUAUUUGACUAGACGUUGCCUAAUUUAGUAUACACCUUCACACCCCACGCGGGUGAUCGAACUCCAGUAAAUAUAUAUUAUAGUUUUUUUUUUUAUUUUAAUAUUAACUUAAUUUUGUUUUUACACAUAUAUGUACACAUACAUAUAUAGGAUAUAUAUGACCUUUUUUUUUGUAUUCUUAACUAAUUUAAAAUGAUGAAGAGAAAAAUCAACACGUAAAAUAAUGAAGAAUGAAGAAAAGAAACGAUGGAAACGAGAAAGAGCAACUAUUAUUAUUGCUAAAGAGAACUGUACAUACGUAUGCAUACCCCAUAAUCGGAAUAUAAAUAUAAACAUGCUAUAUUUAAUAAUAUAUAGAAAUAUAUUUGAUGUUGAAACCAGAGAAGAAACAACCAGAGCCAGAACUAAAAUUUUAAACAAAUUUUUAAUCCAAGCGAAUGCCGCAGAACGCAGAAGGCAGAACGCAGAUCGCAGAUCGCAGAAGAAUCAAUCACACAAAAGAGCAGCAGUAAAAUUUUAGCCAUAUUUUUGUCGGAUCGGAUGGAGGGCAUGCACCGCAAUUGCAGUUGCGUCGUUGCCAGACUUCCGCUCAGCCUAACCAGAAAAAGUCUGGCAGCAUUGUGUGUGCUCCCUUUGGGAAGUAUUUCGCAGUUUACUGGGGUCUUAGCGCUGGCCAAGCGAUCAUCGAUUAAGCGAAUUUUUGUAGCUCUAUAUAUCUGAGCCGAAAACUGAAAACGCACAGGACCAAACACCGAGCCCGAACAAAAUCGGGUAACAUUUCAACCCAAAACAAAAAAAACACUGGAUACACAGGGUUUAAUGAAAUGUGUUUUUUGAUCAGGUCCAAGUCCGUGUACACGGCCUGCGUUUUGUGUGGGACUGUGCAGUCGAUCAUGACUGUACUUUUUUGCAAGUCCAAACCAAACUAAUUUACACGCAUUAGUACAUUACUUAGUACAUACGACUAGCGGUUUUUUACUAGCGAAUAGCGAACAGCGCACAGCAAUGGAGUAAAGAGAACAACAAAGGUGUACUUAUUCCAGAUGAGGAGCCGGUCUCUGGAAAGCUCCCUCAUCUUGUAUAGACACCCUGUACUGGCAAUUUUCAGGGGGAUAUUCAUGAAUAUACAAUUUACGUGUGCAUAUACUCGUACACACAGAAAUAAAUAUAUGGCGGGAACAUGUAUGGAACUCUUGAAGGCUACAUACAUACAUAUGUUACGUAUGUGGAUGGAGCCUAGAAAUGAAAGCUAUCCCGAGGAAGAGACUAUCAACUCUACUCUUUCGGGAGCUACUCGUCUAACGAGGCGGAAGCCUGCAGAUCGGUGGCUGCCUCGUUUGGGUAGGGCUCAGCCCCAAAAUGGCAAUGAAGUAGUAGCUGCCAAUCUCUGUAUAACCUUCUCUAGUGGCACUCUAGUUUUCUUCCAAACCAUUUCCCCUCCCUUAAUCCAGUGAA